AUGGAAAAGAAGGUAGUAAUUGUUGGAUCUGGAGUUAGUGGCCUUCUUACCUGUAAGUACACUCUCAAUAUCGGACUCAAUCCGAUGGUUUUCGAAGCUGAAGAAAGAAUUGGAGGAGUUUGGACACAUACUUUAGAAUCAACCAGACUCCAAAACACCAAAGAAAUUUACCAGUUUUCUGAUUUUGCAUGGCCAUCUUCAAUAAAAGAUACAUAUCCUACUCACAAUCAAGUGAUGGAGUAUCUUGAAUCUUAUGCACAGCAUUUCAAUAUCUUCCCUUGCAUCAAGUUCGAUUCCAAGGUCAUUGGUUUAGAGUAUGUUGGAGAGUCUAAUGAAGAGAUGGAGUCGUGGGCUCUUUGGGGUGGGACAGGCAAGCCCUUUGGCUCCAAAGGGAAAUGGCAUGUCAAAGUUCAAGACACCAAAACUUGCAGCAUACAGGUGUAUCACGCUGAAUUUGUUCUUCUUUGCGUUGGAAAAUUCAGUGGCAUUCCAAAUAUUCCAGAGUUCCUUCCAAAUCAAGUACCUGAAGUGUUCAAGGGCAAGGUGAUACAUUCAGAGGACUUCUCAGCUUUGGACAAUUUGACUGCUACAGAAUUGAUAAAAGCAAAUAGAGUUACGAUAAUCGGUUCUCGUAAAAGUGCAGUUGACAUAGCAGCAGAAUGUGCCAAUGCGAAUGGAGUGAAGUACCCGUGCACAUUAAUUCAAAGGAAUGCACACUGGUUUUUGCCCUCCGACAAUCUGAGUGGACUUCUGCUUGGUUUCUUGUACUUCAAUCGAUUCUCAGAACUGUUGGUUCAUAAGCCUGGGGAAACAAUUCUAUUAAGUUUUGUAGCCACCUUGUUUUCACCCUUGAGAUGGGGAAUUUCAAAAUUCAUUGAGACCUACCUUAAAUGGAAUCUUCCGUUGAAGAAGUAUGGAAUGCUACCCAAAUUCAGGUUUCUUGAAGAUUUAUCUUCAUGUAGUUUUGCAAUGCUGCCUGGCAAAUUCUACGACAGAGUAGAAGAAGGAAGCAUUAUUAUCGAGAAUUCACAAAGGUUCAGCUUCUUUCGAGAAGGUCUAAUCAUAGACGGAGACACUCGGCCAUUAGAAACAGAUGUUGUGAUUUUCGCAACAGGAUUCAAGGGUGACGAAAAACUGAGAAACAUUUUUGAGUCUCCAGUUUUCCAAAACUACAUAAUGGGGUCAUCUACUGCUAUAGUUUCCCUCUAUAGACAAAUAAUUCAUCCUCGAAUUCCUCGAUUGGCUAUAGUAGGAUCCAAUGACAGUUUCUCAAGUUUGGACAUCAAUGAAAUCAAAUGUCGAUGGCUGUCACAUCUCCUUGAUGGAAACCUUGAACUGCCAAGUAUAAGAGACAUGGAAAAGGAAGCAAACAUGUGGGCAGAUCACAUCAAACAAGUUUCAGGUCGGUACUUUAGGACAGCUUGUAUUAGCCGCACUUACAUAUGGUACAGUGACCAACUUUGCAAGGACAUGGGAUACAAUCCCAGAAGAAAGAAAGGACUUUUAGCAGACUUGUUUAUACCAUAUGCACCAAUAGAUUAUAAAGGCCUCACUACUAAUAUACCUUCCAUGGCUACAAUCAUCAAACCUUUGUUUCUAAAUUUUCCUUCACAAAAACAGAUUCUACCCUUCAACUAUCCAAGGAUUUCUUGCAAACCCAUUUCAGAUUCAUUAGCUACUUUGCCGGUUUCGCACUUUACUAGACGACAAGGACAAGUUGCAGUCUAUGUUGCUUUCAAUCCAUCUGGGAAUUUCGACCUUCCUAUAUAUGAUGAAGAAGAGGGUUCACCUGAAGUUAGACCACCUCCAAUGCCCCCAACUGAAGGCAGAUUCGAGAUUGUUAUCGACAAUGAUAUAAUUCGGCGUCUUGACUUAUCUCCCUUUCACAAUGUCACAGGGAUUACCUCACCCUCACAAGUGGAGCCAAAAGAGUUUCUUGAGCGUACAAUUGGAUUUACUAUUAACUACACAAGAGAAGAUCCGAUGGAUCCUCGAGAACUAUCAGAAUUCCCUGAUAUAAGACUAUGGUUUUUGAGGCUCGAUGCUACUUAUCCUUGGUUGCCUGUCUUGUUGGACUGGCGAGCUGGAGAACUGGCUCGGUAUGCAGCAAUGCUAGUCCCUCACCAGGUGAAUAUGAAAUUGGGAGUAGUAUUCAAUCCCGAGGCACUGGAAUUGUUUGUCAUGAAGAAAGUUUUCGUGGUGUACUCUUGGUUGCAGCAGCAGAAUGUUCCAAAGCCUAGACUCAAGACUAGUGACAUGGCUAGGAUGCUUGGAUUUGGGAUAGGAAACGAACUUUUUGACUUGAUCGAUCAACAAUCUUCGGCUUCAUAA